CAUUCUUCUCUCUUCUACAUUUCUUUCAGCCCUUCCUUUUUCAGUUUUAUCAUGUGGUGAUGCAACUGAUUAAGGCUUUGCUUGAGAGGGAAAACAAGAAUGGCGCGAGGCAGGAUAAGGGCAAAGAUCAGAAGGAGCAGUUUGCAUACAUUUGCUUGUUAUCGAUCGCGUGCCACAGAAGAUGGCAGCCCUCAUCAAUUAGGCCCUGGAUUCUCAAGAGAAGUACAUUGCAAUGAGCCUUAUCUCCAUGAGAAGAAACCUCUCAAGUAUUGCACCAAUUACGUAACCACCACAAAGUACAACAUCAUUACAUUCCUACCAAAGGCGUUAUUCGAGCAAUUCAGGCGUGUUGCUAACUUGUAUUUUCUCAUGGCUGCAAUUGUAUCAGCCACAACAAACCUUUCACCAUUCUCAGCUUUUAGUAUGGUAGCUCCUUUGGUCUUUGUGGUUGGGUUGAGUAUGGCGAAGGAGGCGUUGGAAGACUCACGGAGGUUUGUACAGGAUAUGAAGGUCAAUCAUAGGAAAGUUGGUGUACAUAAGGAAGGUGGUGUGUUUGGUCCUAAGCCUUGGAUGAAGAUUCAGGUUGGAGACAUAGUGAAAGUGGAGAAGGAUCAUUUUUUCCCGGCUGAUUUACUUCUUUUAUCGUCCAGUUAUGAAGAUGGAAUCUGUUAUGUGGAAACUAUGAACUUAGAUGGAGAGACAAACUUGAAAGUAAAAAGAGCAUUGGAGGUUGCUCUACCUUUAGAGGAUGAUGAGGCUUUCAAGCAUUUCAGUGCAACCAUAAAAUGUGAAGAUCCUAAUCCUAGCCUUUACACUUUUGUGGGAAAUCUUGAAUAUGAUCGUCAGGUUUAUCCUCUCGAUCCUAGUCAGAUUCUCCUCAGGGAUUCAAAGCUUAGGAAUACAGCUUAUGUCUAUGGAGUUGCUGUAUUUACUGGUCAUGAUAGCAAGGUUAUGCAGAAUUCGACAAAUUCUCCUUCUAAAAGGAGUAGGAUUGAACUACAGAUGGACAAGAUUAUCUACCUACUUUUCUUUGUCCUUCUCGCGAUCUCAUUUGCCAGUUCAAUUGGCUUUGCCGUUGAUGCAAAAUUCGAAUUGCCAAACUGGUGGUAUUUGCAACCUAUGAACAAAGUGAAUAAUGUGGUUGAUCCAAAGAAGCCUGAGGUGUCAGGCAUUUUGCAUCUGAUCACUGCACUUAUAUUAUACGGGUAUCUGAUUCCGAUAUCCCUCUAUGUUUCCAUUGAAGUUGUCAAGGUUCUACAGGCGUUGUUCAUAAACCAGGAUAUACUUAUGUACGAUGAUGAGUCUGGAACUCCUGCUCAAGCACGGACAUCAAACUUAAAUGAGGAGUUGGGGCAGAUUGAUACCAUCCUCUCAGACAAAACUGGUACUUUGACAUGCAACCAAAUGGAUUUCUUAAAAUGCUCAAUUGCUGGUACUGCAUAUGGAAUGCGUGCCAGUGAUGUAGAACUUGCAGCUGCAAAGCAGAUGGCUGCGGACAUUGGUGGGCAUUAUAUUGGAUCGCCGAGACCUGAAAAUGAGAAUGACUUUGGUGAAUCAGAAAUUGAAUUAGAGUCUGUCGUCACUUCUAAAGAUGAUUUUAAACCUGCAAUUAAGGGUUUCAGCUUUGAGGAUGAUCGCCUUACGGAUGGACAUUGGAUGAAUGAGCCAAAUGUAAAUGACAUCUUGUUAUUUUUUAGGAUACUUUCAGUUUGUCAUUCUGCUAUUCCCGAGCUAAACGAGGAGACUGGAAACUUUAACUAUGAAGCAGAAUCACCUGAUGAAGCAGCAUUUCUUGUUGCGGCAAGGGAAUUUGGCUUUGAGUUUUGUAGAAGAACUCAAUCAAGCAUUUUUGUACGGGAGAGAUAUCCUUCUUUUCAAGAGCCAAUUGAACGGGAAUUCAAAGUUCUCAAUCUGUUGGAGUUCACCAGCAAGCGGAAGAGAAUGUCUGUUAUAGUUCGGGAUGAGAGUGGCCAGAUUCUUCUUUUCUGUAAAGGAGCAGACAGCAUCAUCUAUGAGAGAUUAUCAAAGAAUGGAAGGAAGUUUGAGGAAGCUAUGACAAAACAUUUAAAUGAAUAUGGUGAAGCAGGAUUGCGUACACUUGUGCUUGCCUACAAAAAGCUUGACGAGGCAGAGUAUUCAGCCUGGAAUGAGGAGUUUUCUAAAGCAAAAUCUACCAUUGGCGGUGACAGAGAUACCAUGCUUGAAAAGGUAUCUGAUGCGAUGGAACGGGACUUGAUCCUUGUUGGUGCAACUGCUGUGGAGGAUAAACUACAGAAGGGAGUUCCUCAGUGCAUAGAUAAACUAGCGCAAGCUGGUCUCAAAAUCUGGGUACUGACAGGUGAUAAGAUGGAAACAGCCAUCAACAUUGGCUAUGCAUGUAGUUUGCUUCGACAAGGAAUGAAACAGAUAUGCAUAACUACGAUGAAUGCAGACUCAGUGGCCCAAGAUUCUAAGCUGGCUAUGAGGGAGAACAUUUUGAAGCAAAUCAUGAAUGCUUCUCAAAUGAUCAAACAUGAAAAGGAUCCUCAUGCUGCAUUUGCCUUGAUCAUCGAUGGGAAAACUCUAGCUUAUGCGUUGGAGAAUGAUAUGAAGCAUCAAUUUUUGAGUUUGGCGGUUAAUUGUGCUUCUGUCAUCUGCUGUCGUGUAUCUCCUAAGCAGAAGGCCUUGGUUACUAGGUUAGUAAAAGAGGGAACUGGAAAGAUCACCUUAGGAAUUGGUGAUGGUGCAAAUGAUGUUGGGAUGAUUCAAGAAGCGGACAUCGGAGUUGGUAUCAGUGGUGCAGAAGGAAUGCAGGCUGUGAUGGCGAGUGACUUUUCUAUUGCUCAGUUCCGGUACCUGGAGAGACUUCUUGUUGUACAUGGGCAUUGGUGCUACAAACGAAUAGCUCAGAUGAUAUGCUAUUUCUUCUACAAAAACAUCUGCUUUGGCCUCACACUCUUUUACUUUGAGGCUUUUGCUGGCUUUUCGGGGCAGUCUGUCUAUGAUGAUUCAUAUAUGAUGCUGUUCAACGUCAUUCUUACGUCAUUGCCUGUAAUUGCACUUGGAGUAUUCGAGCAGGAUGUGCCUUCUGAUGUUUGUUUAAAGUUUCCAGCUCUGUACCAACAAGGUCCCAAAAACUUGUUCUUUGACUGGCAUAGAAUACUCGGGUGGCUUGGCAAUGGUAUCUACACGUCCCUCAUCAUUUUCUUCCUCAACAUUAUCCUCUUUUACGAUCAAGCCUUCCGUUCUGAUGGUCAGACAGCUGACUUGACUGCUCUGGGCACUACAAUGUUUACGUGUGUCAUAUGGGCUAUCAACUGCCAGAUUGCACUUACAAUGAGCCAUUUCACAUGGAUACAACAUAUUCUUAUUUGGGGAAGCAUUGCUACUUGGUACAUAGUCCUCUUGAUCUACGGAAGGAUAGCACCAAUCUAUUCUAAGUACGCGUUCAGAAUACUGGAGGAAGCUCUAGCUCCUGCUCCAAUCUACUGGUGCACCACUUUUUUAGUAACUUUGAUGUGCACUCUGCCAUACUUAGCUCACAUUGCAUUUCAAAGAUCGUUUAAUCCGUUGGAUCAUCACAUCAUUCAAGAAAUCAAAUAUUAUAGGAAAGACGUUGAAGAUCGUCAUAUGUGGAAGAGAGAAGGAUCUAAAGCAAGACAGAAGACCAAGAUUGGUUUCACAGCCAGAGUAGACGCGAAAAUUCGACAGUUGAAAGGGAGACUGCAGAAAAAGAAAGUGUAACUUGUGUAAAGGUUGAUUUUCUUUUUUACUAACUUCUUUUUUUCCCCUUUCAAUUACUCUUAACAGAAAUUAGAGGGUUAGUAGGACACUUACAGUUUUUCUUCUUUAACUCAUUUGUAAAAUUCUUUUUUGUGUCCCAGUAUAUAGUGAGCAAUCAAAUGAGGUUAAUUCAUUGGUUCCCUAGUACUGUGGCAUGAUGAUGUAUUGUACAAUAUUUACUAAUAUUUAGGGAAGGAAACUAAUACAUAUAUAAUUUCUCUUGUGAGUU